UACCGAUGACCUGGCAGCGUCCUAGCCGUGGCUGUUGCCAUAUAGGCGCACACUGUGUGUGUGCGCGCUCGCGCGCGUGUUGAUAGGAAUGAGUAACGAAUGAGAAUCGAUAGGAAAGGGUAACUAAACGUAGUGCGAGGUCUCGUUCCUCCGGUGAACGGUGUCAGUUGAAAGAAUGGUGGCAAAUACCUUUCUCAAGGCCGCGUUAUGGUGACAUUUAAGGGAGAGAUGGAGGGAAAUUUUGUAUAGAAAGGAAGGGACGCUAAUCAGAGGUAGUUCUGGUUGCUUACUCUGCAUGGUGGCAAAGGUAUCCCGCGUUCUAAUGUCGAGAAGCAGGUGCUGUACAGGCUGGAUAAUCGUUCACUAUCAGAACAAAAAAUUCUGGGCCAGUUCUCCCAAAGAAACUCCGCACAGAAGGAGGCUAUGUUUGUGCUCUUCGAGUUCCUGAGUUCUACGGGUAGACUUUAAAAACGCAUACCUGCUACCAUUGUGUAGCGUAUGCUGUCUGCUGUUUAGGCUUGUCUCUUUCUCUCUCUUACGCUCUAUUUCAUUCUUAUCCCCGUGACAUUAUAGCAGAGUUUUUGAAUCGCCCAUGAUCCUGCGUUGUCUCGUUCUUACACGUAUGCUCUCUAUAUACAUACGCAGAUGCUGGUGCUGCUUUCAGUGGUCGUGUGUCACGCGGAGCCGGCCAUACCGGCGGGCAAGCGCGCACAGUACUUGGUCCAGGACCACGCGGGCAAGGGCUCCUACAAGUUCGGCUACGACACGGGCGAGGGCGCCCAGCAGCAGAACUUCCGUCAGGAGGAGCGCACCUCGGACGGCACCGUGCGCGGUCGGUACGGCUUCACGGACGCCAACGGGUACCUGCGCGUCAUCGAGUACAUCGCCGACGAGACGGGCUACCACGUGAUACACACGAAGACGGAGCUACCGCAGAACCGGCCGCGCUCGACGGUCAAGCCGCACGCGCCUUUUCUGGGCCCACUGCCUCCCUUCAUCCCGAGGCCGCAUCCCGAAGAGGAGACCUGACAUUCCGAGGGUGGAGGAGAAAUGGCUGCUUCCCCGGAAAAGCUUGGCUGCCGAUCACCAGACGAAGGACAAAAGCCCGUCCCCGCUACCGUCCUGGUUUCAUCUCGCAGUGGUGACUCUGUCCGGGUGGAACCACCGACGCAGGCGGUGUGUGAGAACGGCGGGAUAAUUUUCUUGCAAUCCGUGUCGCCGACCGUCCCCGGUGCCGAGCAGCCGGUGUGCGCGGUGCUUUCGUCGCGGGCGACCUCGCACUACACGGAGCGUUCACGUUGAUCACUCGCUGUAGAGAAGACUGCUGCGCAAUUUACUUGAGGGGACCACCACGUGCCGAGAGCGUCAACUCUUAAUCGACACGUAACAAGCCGGUACAAAUUCGGAUCACGGGGUCGCUUAUUGCAUGUCUAUUUCAAGAACUGUGCAUGCCUGAAGGUAUAAACGCCAACUGAAAGACAGCGCGUUGCGUCAGCGUGUACGUUGGUCCCUGAAUUGUGUACAUUAUGCAGCAGUACAGUACAACAUAAUUGUUUUCAUUAUGACGAGCACUCUCAAAUGAAAAUGCUAUACCAGUAGUAUUUGCCGAUGUGUGGCUCUGCUGGUGAAAAUGGUUCCUGUGCUUUGGUUACCUGUUAAGUCCAUAUAUUUCUUCUUCGGUCUUCCUUUGUUCUCGCGAAGGUCUUCCAUAUUUAUUUUAAAUUGGAUCCGUCCAUUAUAAUACGCAGGCACGAGCAGGGCUUUUCUUCUCUCUCACUUUCCCGUUUGUUUUUAGUACUUCGGGGCUUCGCUUGCGCAGAUGGCAGCUGACUGACGCCGCGAGGUCAGCCGUCUUCGGUACUGUUUCGGCGUCCGCUCUAACAGCUGGCUUGGCUGCGAGCUCUGUCGAUGAGAACAAAUGUACUCUAGUGUGGAUGCCUCGGCAACGUACAACUGGAGUCUUCGCUGUGGAACUCCAGUGGUAAUCAAGCCCGCUAUUCAGCUCUUUGCUUCAACCUUAGUGUCUCUCCUUUCAAAAACACACGCUGAAAAACAGUCAUCUUUUUAUUCUAAAUACCCCUUAUUUAAUAUUUCGGUCGUCGGAAGUUAGAUUAUACCGUUUACAGCCGUUACACGUGCUUCCACAUGAAACAAAGCCGCAGUGCUUGCCGCCACGUGUCACUGAGCUCACCGCGGCCAAAAAUAAAAUUGAUUGACACCAAAAUUAAAUUAGUACAUUAUCGAUGGAGGGAACGCUUGGAAUUCAGAGUGCCUCACAGCAUAAAAAGAGAGAAGAAAUGUUUUUCUCACGGAAGGUGAAGCAUUCUGCGUCACAGUGAUGCCAGCCCAUCUGAAUGAGAUAUGAAAGGGAAGCCGUAAAGCUGCCGACUGUGAUCCUCUUGUGUCUUUUAUUGUGGUCUCCCAUUACAGCGCAUGUACCUAUGCGUUUUCGUUAGCUUAUGUGAAAUGUGGAUAUCUGAUUAAGGCGUGCUAUGUGGCCGCGUGCGUGCGUGUGUCCCCUCCCCCCCUCCGCCCUUUUUUCUUUUCAUUUUGGGUCUGCGCAUUCAUUACGUCCUUAUCUUAUUGUAAGCGACGUGACGCAAGCCGAGUGAGAAAAGCUGAUAGCAGUAGUCCCUGCCAACGAUUUGUUUUGGCGUUCUGCUCUGUGUGGACUUCAUUUGUGUACAAAAAGAAAACUCGGUGCUAGACAUCAAAGUGCAAUGAUGGCAGAGUGUAGACUUAGGCAAAUAAUUUAUUCUCAUAUUGCGAGCUAGAGCCGAGAGGCAAGUGAUAAACAAAGAUGCUCGAGUGCGUUAUUUUAUGUGAUAUACAUGUGUGUUAUGCUACAUUUUAUGCCGUCUUGGCCCGUUCGAAGAAUGAUUACGUGCUUUCUACGAAAGUAGCGGGCUGCCUUCGAAUAAUAAACUGUUAC